GGUACCCGAGAGAGAGAGACAGAGAGAGAGAGGUGGAGAGAGAGAGAGAGAGAGAGAGAGAGAGAGAGAGAGAGAGAGAGAGAGAGAGGGGUUAGGAGCUCCAGAUGGUGUUUUAAACGCAGACAGAAGGCUACAGAGAGGAUAGAGAGAUAGAGAGAGAGGGAGAGAGAGAGAGGAGGAGGGGAGAACCGCGGUUACUGCGCAGUGGACCCGCCAGCUCGAAAUCAAUUAAGAGAAAAAUACGACUGAAACCCAAAUUAUGAAUUUAGGGGAAACCUAACCUUAAAAUAUGGUCGGCUGUGCUCUGGGGAAGUGACUUCUACCAACACGUUUGAAGCCAGUCGGUGGAGGAUCAGCGCGUCGGAGAGGGACUGCACAGAGAAGCGUGGUAGUAGUAGCCUAUCCACACAGGCUGUAGACCAAGUGCGAGCAUUUCUAUAUUUUGAAAAACAAAAGGGAGGCGAUAAUAUCUCAUCGGAUGUAUAUGGACUUGUUCCCGACAUCGCAGACUGAGGUUGUGAGCUAAAGAAAGGGCUUUAAAGUUGUCACUUGAGGAAUAAUAGACGCGCCGUGCAGACAAGAGGAUCCGCAUCUUAAUUUGCGUUUUUACGAACGGAGACGCGGGGAUUUAUGGACUAACAUUAAAAAGAAUAGUAACCGUUAAUAGUUUUGUGUGCUCACAAAGGUCAAUUAGGACGUAAUUACGGCAGAGACGCCAACUUUGGUUGUUUGUUUUCCUUUUUCCUUUCCGGGAUGGUGAAAAUGAAGAGAGUGGAUUUGGAUGACUGGGACAAGUUGUGAUUUUUACUUCAACGUCAAGAUAAUAUAAGCUGUUUGCUUUUUCAUUAUACAGACUAUAAAACCAAAGACAUCAAUGUGCUUAAGGAUCCAAGAGCUCUGGCUUUGAUUAUUUUUUUCUUUUCUUUUUUUCCCUCCAUAUAACCGCGAAGAGAAAUACCUCAUAAUUUAUUGAACCUGGAAAGACAAGAUCUCCCCUUUUGAAUUCCCAAAGGAAACUAAAACAUUUUCUUUUGUGUUGGACUGUAGGUGUGUGGCUUCUGCCUCUCUUUUCCUCUCUUUCAAUAGAUUAUUUCAGAAACAAAGAAAAAGGAAUAACAGCUUGAGUAGUUUUCCGCACUGAUUCCUAAGGCUUUACCCUUUUUUCCCAAAUAAUGAGGAUUGGGGUGUUAUAAAUCCUGUUUUAGAAACUAUUUGGUGUGGAUUAUCACCGCUACAAUUACCUCAGCCUGACCUCGACCUUCACACAGUAGCAGAGUGCAGAAGGUUGGAACAAUGCCAGAUUCACCUGCGGAUGUAAAAACCCAGCCCAGGUCCACCCCGCCCACCAUGCCUCCUCCACCCCCGGCUGUCAGUCAGGCAGCCAAUCGCAAUGCUUCAUUCACCCCCACCACCAGUAAAUCAAUGCUGAACGGGAGCAGCCACUCUCCCACGUCGCUCAACGGCGCUCCGUCCACUCCUAAUGGCUUUAGUAACGGGCCCGCCAUGUCCUCGACAGCCUCGCUAUCCAACCAGCAGCUCCCGCCGGCGUGUGGUGCCCGGCAGCUCUGCAAGCUGAAGCGCUUCCUGACCACGCUGCAGCAGUUUGGCAAUGACAUAUCGCCUGAGAUCGGAGAGAGGGUGCGCAGCCUUGUGCUCGGGCUGGUGAACUCCACUCUCACCAUUGAGGAGUUUCACUCUAAACUCCAAGAGGCCACCAACUUCCCUUUGAGGCCUUUCGUCAUUCCCUUCCUGAAGGCAAAUCUGCCCCUGCUGCAGAGAGAGUUGCUCCACUGUGCCAGGUUGGCCAAGCAGACCCCAGCCCAGUAUCUGGCCCAACACGAGCAGCUGCUCCUGGACGCCAACGCCAGCUCGCCACUCGACUCCUCUGAGAUCAUGCUGGAGAUCAAUGAACACGGCAAGAGAAGGACCCCUGACAGGACCAAAGACAGCUCAGAGAGAGAUGGCUUGCACCCGGAGCACCUGGCAAAGAGGCCCUGCACCAUCAGCCCCAGCCAACGCUUCAGCCCCAGCACAGGCCUCCCUGCUCACCCUGCCCCUAACGGCCUCCCCACUCACCCUCCCAACGGCCUGUCUCACCCACCCAACCCCCCAGCGGGUCCCCAGCACUACCGCUUAGAGGACAUGGCUCUGGCACACCACUACAGAGACGCCUACAGACAUAACGAACACCGCGACACCCGAGAGCGGCACCGGCAGACAGCAGUGCAUGGAGCGCGCCAGGAGGAGGUGAUUGAUCACCGUCUUACAGAUCGAGAGUGGGCAGAGGAGUGGAAGCACCUAGAUAAUCUGCUGAACUGCAUUAUGGACAUGGUGGAGAAGACGCGCCGCUCUCUGACGGUGCUGCGCCGCUGUCAGGAGGCCGACCGCGAGGAGAUGAAUCACUGGAUAAGGCGCUACAGCGACGUGGAGGAGAUGAAAAAAGGUGGGAGCAACGGACAGCACCGCCCUCCUCCUCUUCCUCCUCCUCCUCCUCCUCCUCAUCACAACUCCUCCUCCAACACAGCUAACAGCAGCGAGUCACAGCUCAUAGAAAUCCACCGAGACUUCUUACACAGGCCUGCCUCAGGAUACCUGCCUGAAGAAAUCUGGAGGAAAGCUGGUACUGCAAGUAUCCCGCUCUCCCCAGCACUAAAGCACCUCCAAAACAAGCAGGAGGAGGCAGUGAACGAGGUGAAGAGACAGGCGAUGUCGGAGCUGCAGAAGGCAGUGUCAGAUGCCGAGAGGAAAGCUCAUGAGAUGAUCUCUGCUGAGCGCUCGAAGAUGGAGAGGGCCCUGGCCGAGGCCAAGAGGCAGGCUUCUGAGGACGCAUUGACCGUCAUCAACCAGCAGGAGGACUCUAGCGAAAGCUGCUGGAACUGCGGGCGGAAAGCCAGUGAGACAUGCAGCGGCUGCAACACGGCUCGCUACUGUGGCUCCUUCUGCCAGCACAAAGACUGGGAGAAGCACCACCACGUCUGUGGGCAAGGCCUGCAGGGACUGCCAGGAGGCAGCAGUGUCCCUCUGGGCACCCCCUCCUCCUCCACAUCCUCAGCAUCCUCCAAUGCACCUCCCACCCACUCAGAGAGCACUCCUCCAGGACCCUUGUCCCUGGCAGGUCAGCCCAGUAUUGGAGGAGGGGCUGGCGGCGGCAGCGGAAGUGUCUCUGCCAGCCCCAAGGAGAGCAGUUCCAGCAGUGCCUCUCGCUCCACCACUCCGGCCACCCCCGCCCUACUGGAUGCCACCUCUCGCUGACCUCUGACCCCAUGACCCCCUCCUGCACACGGAUGCUGCAGCGCCCACACUCCAUACAAAACCAAACUGAGGAAUCUUCAUCGCACACUGCUCCCUUUCCUCUUUCCCUACUAAGCUCCGUACUUCCCUUUUUAAUGGAAGCUCUUUGAGUUGAUUACUUCCUUUAGUUACCUGAUGAUGGCCUGGUUUUCUCAACUACUUAAAAAAAAGAAAAAAGAAGAAAAAAUCUGAAAAACACUUCUUCCUGUCCCUCAGACUUCUUUUCUCUCUUUCACAACCACACCCACACAUUUAAAGACUCCAGUCUGGGGUUCAGUGUAGUGUAAAGCAUGGAAAGUGCAGUGUCUCCUCUCCUUGUGUUCAAAAGCAGAAACAUAUCAGAUGUGUUUGCUUAUAACGUGAGCUUUGAUAUUAAGAUAGGACUAAGAUGUACCCUCAGUAAUACAAGCCCGGUAAAUGCUGUCUAUGCAGGGCACGUACAGAGAAAAAACAAGAGGACGAUUGUGCUAAAGCAACAUUGAUGAGGAGAUAGCUAGACUGAUAAGCACUUGGAUAGGAUUUCCCUUUAAUUCAGCACCAAUGAGAGAACAAUGCCCAGCCCCAAGAUGUGCACUAUCAGUCCAAACCUCUCAUUGAAGAGGCACUUCCUGAACAGUGUCCUUAUGGAGACAGGCAAGGAACAUAAUACCUUUCUUCCAAUGGAGGAGGGCAAAGGGAAAAUAAUGAUCUAUUAUGCGAUUUAUUCCUCAGAAACACAGCUGAUUAUUUAUUAGAUGUUUCUUUUCUGGCUUUAAAGGAAAAUAAAGAAAAGUCCAAAUAUUCUAAAUGAAUAAUGAUGAUGAUGAUGAUGAUGAUGAUGAUGAUGAUGAUGAUAUGAAAAUAAAUAAAAAUUUAAACUGUUAACUACCUUGCUAGCGAGCCAAGAAAAUCUACACCGGACUCACCUCUCUGCACCAUUGUGAACCCAAAUGAAUUCAAAGAUGAAAAAUAACCUGAUCCAAACCUUUGUAUUACACUGCCAAAGUGAGUAAGUAAGAGAUAAGGAGAAGCACUCAUCUUAUAACCAAACGCAAAGCAACAUCACCUCCUCAGCAGAUAAGCCAGCCCUGAGAGCUCCAGGCUGCAGAGAAGCUACAGAACGGGACCCAGGGAGAGUCAGACGGACAAAGACUGUGACCUGCUAUGAUCUGUAGCUGCUCCUGCAGGCUGGACGAAAACCACAGCGAUUCCUCAGUGAUGGCCCAGACUAGUGAAUACCAGAAUGGACAAUGCUGUGAACUUGCCUAGGAGAAAGACUUAACGAAUGGAACGGAAACCCUGCCACAGUGUGAUUUUUUUUUUUUUUUUUUAAAGUGAAUGGUAACAGAGAAGACAGAGAGAAAAAGAGGAAAAGGAAAAGCUACAUGGCCUCAAGAAAAAUAGAAGAAAAAAAAGGAAUGAAGAAAUGUGGCAAUGGAGCAGCCAAGAACCUCAAAACAAACUUGAAAACUUUGUCCAAGAAAGCGUUGUAUAUUAUGGAGACGUACAGAAAGAUUGUUUCUAAGUUGUUGUUUUUU